UUUCAGUUUUUUUUAAUUGGUUUUAGUAUUUAGUUUUUCAGAUGAUGAGAGUAAAGGGUAUUGUUCAAACAUUAUUAUUAAAUAGAUUGCGGGAAAAUGGAGGGAUGUUUGAUUGGUGGGAUGAGAUUGAUAAAUCCCAGGAAUGCCAAAGAUUCAUUUUCCAUUUACUGGCCGUUUCUUAUGCUUUUGUUUCAUUUGUUGCUCUGGUACAACUAUGCCGGAUUCAACUACGAGUGCCGGAGUACGGGUGGACGACCCAAAAGGUUUUCCACUUGAUGAACUUCGUUGUGAAUGGAUUGAGGGCUGUUCUUUUCGGUUUCUACAAGACUGUGUUUCUCGUUAAAUCCAAGGCACUCGAAAUGGUGCUUCUGGAUCUUCCGAAUCUUCUAUUCUUUUCGACAUAUAUGUUGCUUGUUCUUUUCUGGGCUGAGAUAUAUUACCAGGCAAGAAGUCUUCCCAUUAAUAAACUUAGGCCUGCAUACUAUAGCAUCAACGGAUUUAUGUAUUUUGCUCAGGCAUGCAUAUGGAUUUCAGUACGAUUAAGUCAUAGCCCGAUUGCGAUCGAAUUUGCUAGACUCUUCAUUUCAGUUAUCUCACUCUGCGCUGCAUUCGGAUUCAUUCUCUAUGGCGGGAGGUUGUUCUUCAUGUUGAGACGCUUCCCGAUCGAAUCCAGAGGUCGUCAAAAGAAGCUGUUCGAGGUUGGCUUUGUAACAGGGAUAUGUUGUGCUUGUUUCCUGCUAAGAUGCUUCAUGGUUUUGGCCUCUGUAUUUGACAAGAAUGCCGAUAUCGAUGUUCUGUAUCAUCCACUCCUAAAUCUUAUCUACUACAUGUUGGUAGAGAUUCUUCCGUCAGCAUUGGUGUUGUUUAUCCUUCGGAAAUUGCCCCCGAAGAGAGUUUCUGAUCAGUACCAUCCCAUUAGAUGAAGAGCUGAAUGCAGUUUGUAAUCUGAAACUUGAAAAGGUUAAAUGCAAUGCAAAGGAAAAUUAUGUGGGAGCUACCUUGCCACUGCCUUCAUCCAUGCUCUUAAACCUUCCUCAAUGCCAAAACGACUUAACAUUUCUCUAUGUACAUUCACCUUCAAGACACACUGCUUUUUUUCCUGAAAUCCACUUGCUUAAAAUGGCAAAACUUGUUACA